AUGGGCCAGGGCUUUUCGCUGGCGACCCCGUCAGCGGGCUCGGCGAGCAUCGACGUGCCGGAGCUUAGUGACCUUGUAUACGAGAAGAGUAUCGGUAAUGCGAGGUUUAUGAAGAGUGUGAGGGCGCGGCACCACGACGGGGUUGUGCUUGUCAAGAUAUUGGUUAAGCCAUAUACACCCAUGCCGCUUGAACAAUACAAGAGGGAGAUAAUAGAACAGAGAAAGGCCCUCGCGGAAGUCCCCAACGCCCUCCCGUUCCAGCGAAUCAUCGAAACCGAUACGAAUGGUUACCUGGUGCGCCAGUUCAUGUACAGCUCGCUUUACGACCGGAUAAGCACGCGGCCGUUCCUGGAAGAUAUCGAGAAAAAGUGGUUGGCGUUUCAGCUGCUGUGUGCGUUGCGCGAUUGUCAUGCGAGGGACAUUUACCAUGGGGACAUCAAGGCGCAGAACAUCCUCGUCACGUCGUGGAACUGGCUAUACCUCACAGACUUUUCAUCGGCUUUCAAGCCGAUGGUUCUGCCUGACGAUAACCCCGCGGACUUCACCUACUAUUUCGAUACCGUGGGGAAGCGGACGUGUUAUAUUGCGCCUGAGAGAUUCGUCGGCGCUGGGGAGUCGACCCCAGGUGGGGCGAAGCUUACCUGGGCGAUGGAUAUCUUCAGCGCGGGCUGCGUGAUCGCCCAGCUGUUCCUCGAGACGGAGUUCUUUACGCUCAGUCAACUGUACAAGUAUCGAAGGGGCGAGUACGAUCCCACAGCCACUGCGCUGAGCGUGAUACCGGAUAAGGAUGUGCGGGAGAUGAUAUCGCAUAUGAUCCAGCUUGAUCCCGAGAGACGGUAUUCUGCUGAGCAGUAUCUCGAAUUCUUCAGGAAGAAGGUGUUCCCGGACUACUUUUACAGCUUCCUUCACCAGUACAUGGGGCUCAUCACCGAUCCUUCGUCAGGAAACAGUCCCAUCUCCAACUCCUCCAAGAACCUAGGCGAGCCCGACGAACGGAUAGACCGAGUCUUUCUAGACUUUGAUAAGAUCUCCUACUUUCUCGGCUACCAGGACGACAAGCGGACCUCCCAGAAUCCACCCAUCAUGCCUAAGCUCGGCCUUGACCACUUCCCUGUGAGGCUCAACAUACCGAACAACGAGCACUACGUUUCUGCUGCCCUUGAACCUCCCGAGGACGACGGCACUCUCAUAUUUGUCACCCUCGUGGUGUCUUCGAUACGCAACACUGCGCGUGCGGCUUCGAAGAUACGCGCUUGUGAUGUGUUGCUCGCCUUCGCAGAGAGGUUAACAGACGAGGCGAAGCUAGAUCGGGUCCUACCUUACCUGGUCUCUCUACUAACGGAUAAGGCUGACAUCGUUGUGAUAUCGGCUAUUCGGAGCAUCACGCAACUUCUCCAGAUGGUGCGCGUUGUGACACCCAUAAACUCUCAUGUCUUUGUCGAAUACGUCCUCCCCCGGCUCCAGUCCGCUCUGUAUCCUCCGUCCAGCUCGAAUAAGCCACCGCCUAGCGCAUUGGUCCGCGCAACUUAUGCAUCCUGUAUUGGGAGCCUAGCGACUACAGCCUCUCGGUUUCUUGAAAUGGCGGCGUCGCUCAAGGGUGGCGGCUCAUUUACGGUAGCCGAUCCAGAAGUGGAACCCGGUGCUAAGACGGAAGUCACCUUUGAUAGUCUCUUUGAUAAUGCCCAGAGGCAAUUGUUCGAGCUCUUUGAGAGACACACCAAGGCUCUAGUCGAGGACACGGACAUCUACGUCCGGAGAGCCUUCUUGACUUCUGUGCCGGAGCUAUGCCUAUUUUUUGAGCCUGCCGACGCCAACGAUAUUCUGCUCACGCACCUCAAUACAUACUUGAACGACCGCGACUGGAUGCUCAAGUGCGCCUUCUUCGAGACAAUAGUCGGCAUUGCGACAUUGAUGGGCACGAGUAGCUUGGAGAAUUUCAUCUUGCCGCUGAUGACGCAGGCGCUGACUGACACGGAGGAGUUUGUCGUCCAGGAGGACCUCCAUGCGCUAGCGCAGCUUGCCAGUCUCGGACUGCUGUCACGGGCUAAGAUCUGGGCGCUUGUGGAUGUCAUCGGGCGAUUCGCAAUGCACCCCAACCUUUGGAUUCGCGAGGCCGCGGCCGAGUUCCUGUCCGCUGCAACCAAGUAUCUGAGUCCUGCCGAUAUACUCUGCCUCGUGUUGCCGAUGGUCAAGCCGUAUCUAAAACCCGGCAUAGUCCCACAAUUUCACGACGAACUGAACUUGCUCGACGCGUUACUGAGCCCACUGUCUAGGUCUGUAUUUGAUCAAGCUCUGACGUGGGCGGCGAAGACGGAGAAGGGGAUGUUCUGGAGACCGCUCCAGCAGCUGCGCAACCUAGCCUUUACCACACUCUCGACGCGUUCGGCCAAGGACCUCACCGCGCAGAGUAUGAGCAAGGUCCCCCGGAACGAGGAGGAUGAGCAGUGGUUCUCUAAGCUCCGGAGCCUUGGACUUGCGCCCGAUGACGAGGUGAAGCUCUUGGCACUGAGAGAGUUUAUUUGGAAGCUGAGCAAGCUCAAGCAAAGGAGCACGGCUGAUGGCGAGCCCGUGAGCUACAACGAAGCUAUUUCGCUACAGAGCCUUGGAAUUACGCCGCAGACGGUCUUCUUUGACGAGAAGCCAUUGCUUCAACAGGUGCCUGAAAUACAGUCGCCGGAAGACUCAAGGGUGCCAUACACGAUCGCGGAUGCGCUGCUGGAUGCGUCCAUGACGAUCGACGAUCCCGUGGCGAAACGGAAGAAGGCGGCGCUGAACGCUCACAAGUCUCGGGCGGGCAGCAGCACGGCGUCGCCGCACCCCCAGGAUCGGCGGACGAUGUCUCCUCCAGCCAGCCUGACCGGACGCAGGGACUCGAGGGAUUCCACUCGGAGGAUACCUCUGCUGGCUGGAAAGCUGCUCAGCGGCAGUCCUGUUGUCGAUAAUGACGACGUGUCGGUUAGCGAUGCACCGUACGCAUCAAGGAGGGUCAUCCGGAGCCAGUCUAGUGCGCUGAGUCUUCUGGACAGGAAGGAUAGCAACAAAACCGUCGCGGAAACUUCUACGACCGAAGCUAACGCCUUCGGACGGGUUGAAGGACCGUUUGCGCUGGUUCCGACGCAUCGGCCAGGGCCCGCGUCGGAUACGCUUAGUAGUGCCCCCAGCUCAGCGACGAGGGUCAAGGCGAACCACUCGUACCAGGGCAAUGAUCCCAGCAUUCUAAAGAUGUUAGAUAACAUGUACAUCGACAACUAUCCUCACGAUAUUGUGGAGUUUGGGCCGCUAGUCCAGCCGAUCUCUAGGAAGAAGAGCAGAGUUAAUGGCCAGGUCCAGGCACCGUGGAAACCCGCCAGCCGGCUCGUGGCGACAUUUUCCGAGCACCAUGGCGCAGUCAACAGGGUGGUGGCAUCUCCGGAUCACGUCUUCUUUAUCACGGGCAGCGACGACGGCGCCGUCAAGGUCUGGGACACGGCCCGGUUGGAGCGCAACAGCACGCAUAGGUCGCGGCAAACGCACCGCCACGCCGCCGGCUCGAGGGUGCUCGCGCUGUGCUUCAUCGAGAACACGCACUGCUUCAUCAGCUGCGCCAGCGACGGCAGCGUGCAUGUGGUCAAGGUCGACACCGCGCCGUCGAGCAACGCGCUGCGGUACCCGAAGCUGAGGCUGCUGCGCGAGUACCAGCUGCCCGAGGGCGAGUACGCGGUCUGGGUGGAGCAUUUCAAGGUGGAGACGAGCUCGGUCAUGGUGUUGGCUACGAACAGGUCGAGGAUCCUGGGCAUCGACCUGAGGACCAUGACGCUGCUCUACGUGCUGGAGAACCCCGUGCAUCACGGAACGCCUACGUGUUUCUGCGUGGAUAGGAGGCGCAACUGGUUGUGUCUGGGGACGUCGCACGGCGUGCUGGACCUGUGGGAUCUACGGUUCAAGAUGAGGCUCAAAGCCUGGGGCAUCCCCGGCGGAGGGCCGAUUUACAGGAUGUGCAUACACCCAGUCAAGGGCCGCGGGCGGUGGGUGUGCGUCGCGGGAGGCACGGGCCUGGGAGAGGUGACGGUGUGGGAUCUCGAGAAGACGUCGUGCAGGGAGAUUUACAGAGUCGGCGGCAACAAGGAAGGGCCUAAGAGUUACGAGCCGUGGGAGGUGGACGACGACAAGCGCGAGGGCAUGCUGGGGCGGUUCGCCACGAGCAUCGAGCCCACUUUGUCCUCGUCAACCACCACGGGAAGCGCCGACCGCGGCGUCCGUGCCAUGGUGGUAGGCACGUCGCUGGGCGAGGACCCGCGGGACGUGCGGCACGCGUUCAUCGUCACGGGCGGGUCGGACAAGAAGCUCCGGUUCUGGGACCUGUCGCGCAUCGACAACUCGGUCAUCUACAGUGGGUUGCAGGCCGACGAGGCGCGACCGACGUUUACUGCCAGUCAUACCACGGCGUCCACGACCCUCAACAUGGAGAGGGGGGCGACGAGGCAUUCUUCGUCGGGCAAGGGCAAGGAUGGCGCCGCCGCCGCUGCUGCCGCUGGCGAUGGAUCGAGUGGUGGUGGCAGCAGCAAGGGGUCUACUAAAGGGAAGAGCAAGGCGGCGAGGAGUACGGUGAUUUCGAUGCAGCAGCAACAGCUUUUGAGGAGUCAUCUUGAUGCGAUUCUGGAUGUUGCGUUGUUGGAGAGCCCGUAUACGAUGACUGUUUCGGUGGAUCGGUCGGGGGUUGUGUUUGUGUUUCAGUAG